AUGGCGUUGACACUGCGUGGGGUUGGUGAGUUUACCCGGCAAGGAAUCGACGGGAAGAAGGCCCAACACCGCUUCUUUCUGUUGAUGCGCCAACACAAGACGCGAAACGAAACGGUGGCUCGGCUGUCAGGUGCCGCGGACGAGGCGACAGUGAAGUCCCGACUGCUUGAUGACUUGGCGUCGCUGUUCAAUGACGCUAUU